AUGUCUUCCAUAUCUCAAAACAUUGAUGUUAAAGGUAAAAAAAAACACUUGGCCUUACGAUCAUUGAUCUUGAUUUGGCAUGAAAAGAAAUGUUGGGGAUAUCGUAAAAUUACAAAAAAAAUUUGGCAAGAUUAUCAACCUGAUGGAAUAUCUUACAAUGGAUUAUUAUCAUUAUCGAAACGUACUAUAAAAAGAGGAACACUUGAAGAUAAAGUAAGACCAGGAAGACCAAAAGCGGCAAGAACAGUUACAAAUAUUGAACAAAUUAAACAAAGACAUUUACAUCAAAAACAUAAUCCUGGUCAACGAUCAACAGCUGUUAAUUUAGGAAUAUCUUUAGCAAGUGUUCAUCGUGCGAUGAAAAAAGAUUUACAUAUUAAACCAUUUCAUAAAUUUAAAACAUCCAAGAUGACUAAUGAUCAUGUUAAAAGUCGAGUCAAAAGUGCUAAAACUUUAUUGAAUAAAUAUGGACGAAAAGAAGACACAAAAAAAUUUUCGUGGCACUUAGUCAUUAAUUCUGAUUAUUCAGCUAAGAUUGGUUUACAAGUACCGAAUAAUACAAAAAACAAUGUGGUUUAUGGUGAAACUCGUGAAUCAAUACCACGUGAAUUAUUAGAAGCACCAACAGCAAAUUUUUUUAAAGGUUUUAUGAUGUGGAGUGCAAUCAGCUGGCGUGGACUUAUACCUAAAAAUGAUCCGAUUUUUAUUGAUGAAUUUUUAGAUGAAUAUGAAUGGCGUCAUGGUGAAAAGAAAACCAUGACUGCCCAAAGAUAUAUUGAUUUAUUGAAACAAAAUAUAAUUCCAUCAAUUGAAGAAAGAUAUAUGGAUUAUGAUUAUAUUUAUCAAGAUGAUUACGAUUCUAUUCAUCGUGGAAAAAUUACAUUAGAUUUCAUAGAAGAAAAUAUGCCAUCUCGUAUUAUGCCUGAAGAUCAAGCGUCAAAGUUAGCAUACAAAACAUGA